AUGACGCUGAGGUUAAUGGUCGCCGUGAGUGUCGCCGUACUCGGAUCCCUGCAGUUUGGCUAUAACACAGGAGUGAUCAACGCCCCGCAGAAGGUGAUUGAGAAUUUCUACAAUGAGACCUGGCUAAGCCGCUAUGAUAUGCCCAUCUCAGACACCACGCUGACCUCACUAUGGUCCCUCUCAGUCGCCAUCUUCUCGGUCGGUGGCAUGAUUGGCUCGUUUUCCGUGGGGCUGUUUGUGAACCGCUUCGGAAGACGUAAUUCCAUGUUAAUAGCCAACAUCCUGGCCUUCAUUGCUGCUAUAUUUAUGGGCUUCUCCAAGAUGGCGUACUCCUUUGAGAUGCUAAUUAUUGGCCGGUUUGUGAUUGGUCUGUACUGUGGUCUGACUACUGGAUUUGUUCCCCUGUAUGUUGGAGAGGUUGCCCCUACAUCCCUGAGAGGUGCCCUGGGCACACUGCACCAGCUGGGUGUUGUGGUUGGAAUUCUGAUUGCCCAAAUCUUUGGGCUUGAGCCGAUUAUGGGGAACGACUCACUGUGGCCUCUACUUUUGGGAUGCAUCUUCAUACCUGCACUGAUCCAGUGCGCAGCACUGCCCUUCUGCCCUGAAAGUCCUCGAUUUCUUCUCAUCAACCGCAAUGAAGAAGAUAAAGCCAAAAGCGUGUUGAAGAAGCUUAGAGGCACCACGGAUGUUACUGCUGACCUGCAGGAGAUGAAGGAGGAAAGUCGCCAGAUGAUGAGGGAAAAGAAGGUCACCAUUCUAGAGCUCUUCAGGUCACCACUGUAUCGCCAACCUAUCUUGAUUGCUAUUGUCCUUCAACUAUCCCAGCAGCUUUCUGGUAUUAAUGCGGUUUUCUACUAUUCCACCAUGAUCUUUGAAAAAGCUCAAGUUGAGCAGCCAAUCUAUGCCACCAUAGGUGCUGGGAUUGUGAACACCGCCUUUACUGUGGUCUCGCUGUUUGUGGUGGAGAGAGCCGGCCGUCGCACGCUGCACCUCAUCGGACUGGCAGGCAUGGCUGGAUGUGCUAUACUGAUGACCAUUGCCCUGGUAUUGCUGGACCGUGUGGCAGAGAUGUCCUACCUCAGCAUAGUAGCCAUCUUCGGCUUUGUGGCAUUCUUUGAAAUUGGACCCGGCCCCAUCCCAUGGUUUAUUGUGGCAGAACUGUUCAGCCAAGGUCCCCGACCUGCAGCUAUUGCUGUUGCUGGCCUUUCCAACUGGACAUCAAAUUUCAUUGUGGGAAUGUGCUUCCAGUAUGUAGAGCAAGUCACCGGUGCCUAUGUCUUCAUUAUAUUUACUGUGCUGCUCAUCUUCUUCUUCAUCUACACAUUCUUCAAAGUGCCAGAGACCAAAGGACGCACCUUCGAUGAGAUUGCCUCCAACUUCAGGCAGGCUGGUGGAGAAAGCAGCACGGAUAAACAUACUUCUCCAGAAGAGUUCCACAGUCUGGGGGAUUCCCAAGUGUAA